AUGUCUUCACCCUCCACUCCAACCAAGCAGAAAAUCUGGAUUUUCUGUGGAAUUCGAGAUUGUCAUGUUUUGGAACGGGCGAUUCGUGGGAUUCAGGAUUCGAAUGAAGUGAAGAUAACUGAAGAAGUGGAAUCGAGCAGACUGGAGACAAAGGCAGAAGUCAUGGAGAGAUUAGGAGGAGAAUCGAGAGCACCGCCACCUGCUCCGAUGAAGAAGAAGUCGACGAGUCGAUUGUCGUUGAGGGAGAGAGAAGAGCAGAAGAGAACAUCGUCAGAGAAGAAGAAGAAGGAGGAAGAGCCACAAGGGGCACUUGUUUACGAGAUGGGAGGACAACUCUCCCCACUCACCGACCCACACUACGAAGCAAAGGACCCGAGGAGUGCGAUGGAGCAGCUUUUCACGGACGUCGAACCGAUAGGAAAAGGGAAUUUCGGUGAAGUUUAUAGGGGAAAAUAUAAGGGGGAUAAGGGGAAAUGGUAUGCGAUUAAAAAGUCUCUAACAACCGAUUCGGGUAAGGCGGUGAAAGAGGUGAAAGGUUUCCAGCAGAUCCCUCCAAAUAAAUAUAUUUUGGAGUACGUGUCCGGGUGGUUGGAUAGAGGACUCGUCUAUAUUCAGACCGAGUUAUGCGACAUGUCAUUACUGGCAUACUGUAGAAACGGUCUGGAAGAAGACGAGAUCUGGAAAAUCUUAGUACAAAUAGUACUGGGGCUCCGGCAUCUCCAUACCUCCGGAUUCUGCCAUAAUGACCUCAAACCAGAUAAUAUAUUGGUAAAGGAUACGGUAAUUAAAAUUGCAGAUUUCGGUUUGGUCAGCCGAGUGAAUGAGGAGUGGUGUGCAGGAGAUGAGGGUGAUUCAAGGUAUCUAGCACCGGAGGUCUUUUCUCAAAAAGUGUUUACAACUGCAGGAGAUGUGUUCGCUGCUGGAAUGAGUCUGUUGGAGAUCACAACAGGACUCCAUAUGCCUCCACAGGGAGACGUGAGAAAUAUUCUGAUCGGUGGUCGUACGCCAUCCAGAUUCUUCCAUGGGCGGUCUAGAGAUUUAAGGGAGAUUAUUGAGUCAAUGAUUCGGAAGAAUCCGGAGGCUCGUCCAUCUGCCUGGGAGCUCUUGGAGCAUCCAAUAGUGAAAAAAAAGGUUGAAAUUUCAGGUGAUCAUCCAGUGACACCGGCGACAUCUCGGGAAUUCAAAAAUUAUCGUCAACGUUGCAAGAAAUCCAGAAUGGCGAGAACUCCACCACAAUUUCAAUACGAGACGCCGAGAAGAGUUCGAAAGGUACGCCAGGAGGAGGAGAAGGAAAAUGUGGAUUCAAAAGUGUGCCGACUCGAGAUGAAUUGGGACUUUUUGAGACUGUAA